AUGUUAUACCAAGCCUGGCAGCUCUAUGGGAGGUGGUGCCGUUGGUCCAGUCCUUUUAUCCAUCUCCUCACACUGACUGUGGUGACAUUCGGUGUGCUUGCACCUUUGAUUUGUCACCGGCUCCUCCACUCUUACUUCUAUUUGCGGCGCUGGCACCUGAACCCCAUGAGCCAGGAGUUCCUGGAGCAGAACCAGCAGGAGGGCCAGGCUGCCCUCCAUUACUUUGAGAAGCUACAGAUACCAAAUGCCUCUGAGGCCUCUGGUGGUGAUGCCUUCCAGCCCUUGCUGCUGGUCACCAUUAUCACUGUGCAGAGGCGGAAUGAUUUCCACUAUGUCUUGCAAGUGGCCUCCCACUUCCACCGCCUCCUCCAGAAUUGUGGUGCACGUUGCUGGAGCCACCGCAUCCUCCUCUGCAAUGUGGAGUCAGACCCCAGUAGCCAUCAGGAUGUCAGGCUGCUGAGCAGCUUCUUUCCUAUGGUCAGUCGUGACAAAACUGGUGAGAACCCUGACCCCAGAGUGAACCAGUUUGAGAAGGAGAAGCAGGACUACGUCUUCUGCCUUGAGCAGUCGCUGUUGGCGUACAACCCAGAAUAUAUCCUCAUAGUGGAAGAUGAUGCUGUGCCAGAGGAGGAGAUAUUUCCUGUCUUGCAGCACCUCUUGUUGGCCCGCUUCUCCAAACCAUACCUCAGAGACGCACUCUACUUCAAGCUUUACCAUCCCGAGAGGCUUCAGCGCUACUUCAACCCCGAACCCAUGAGAAUCCUCGAAUGGCUAGGUCUGGGCAUGUUUCUGGGGCCCAUGCUGAACUGUGUGUACUGCUGGGCAACUGGGCGCCCCAGCCUCAGCUGGCCCAUUGUCUUGUUCUUUGCUUUGUACAGUAUGGCUUUGUCAGAGCUGGUGGGACGGCAUUACAUGCUGGAGCUGCGGCGGCUGGCCCCCGCGCUGUAUAAUAUCGUGCCGGUCACCGAGUGCUGCACACCUGCCAUGCUCUUCUCCGCUCCAUCUGCCCACCGUGCCUUAGGUUACCUGAAGGGGCUGCACUGCCGCCAGGGUUUUGCUAAGGAUAUUGCCCUCUACUCGCUGCUGCGUACUAAGGGGGAGAAGGCCUACGUGGUGGAACCCAACCUGGUCCGGCACGUGGGAAUGUAUUCCAGCCUUCGGCUAAACGACAACCCGAAACUGCUGUGA